UGUGAUUUCACUCUGUAGACAGCAUGGACAGCCUCAGCGCUCUACUCUUACUGGCUCUGCUCUCAUUGGGACAAGCCACUUCCGUCACAACUGUGACCCAGACCCCGAGGACUGAUCAGGAGGUGAUCCGUGAGGCAGUGACGGAUGGCUUCAUUGUGGACCAGGGACUCCUCACCUCCCUGACCACACAGGCUCCCCAGAACACGACCAGAAUCCCAGAACUCUUUGAGGAGGGCAGCGCCAUGGGAGAGCCUUUGGACGACGGUCCCGAGGAAGAGUUACCAGUGACAAUGACAUCCCAACCCACCACUACAUCAGAACCCUUGUCAAGCACCUCUGCCCUGUCUGAUCCGAGCUCCACCCCCAUGCAAAGUGACAUGUCACUCGAAGACUCAACACUGAUAGAAUCAAGUGGAGAUCAAAUGCUGAUGACCACUCCAGAUGAUCUCCUCAGCACCAUGAGCGAACAGGGCUCUGGAGAACCAGCCACCUCACAGUCAAUCAGACCGGAAGGGAGAAUGUUAAUAAAUAUUCAAACUGAAGAUAAACCAGUUGUUGUGCUGAGUCCUCAGUCACAGGGGACGGUAACAGAGAUGCCAAAAGGACAUGUCACACCAGACUGGAUCAUCAUUGUCGGCUUCCUGGUUGGUAUGGCUGCGCUGGUGCUGGUUUGUGUCGCUAUAGCAACCAGAGAUAGAUGGAACGGCCCAAACCAGUUCAACAGCACAGGCGUGACCCUUACACCAGCUAACCAGCAGAGUGAGCUAGAGAUGGAGGAGUUCCUGCACAAAAAGCACCCCAGGGAGAAUGGCAAAGCAGACGAGUAUACUGUCAUCCCAUUGGACGAGCUACCAGACAGUUAUUCAUCAUAGAAUCAGGAUGGGAUGAAAAAUGACCAAUCAGAACCCACCAUACACAGAUCGGAGCUGUACCCACCAAUCAGCGGCCAGGAUCGGCGAAGUAGGCGGGUCCGUAUGAUUUGGGUUUUGUGAACCUUCAGUCUGCUGCUGACCACUAUACACUGAUGCCACUUAUUUCAAAACUUGUUGUUGUACUUUUGUCUUUUAAAUAUGUGUGUUGUUUUGUAUUUUUUGUGAUAACUUAAAUUAAACUUUUUUUUCCACUUAA